GUACAAUGCACGCACGUUCAUGUGGUUCCUACGUCGCUCCAGUGGAGGUCACAGCGAACCGUCAGCCGCUCGAACCCUGAGUCUCUGUUGCCAUGGCAAAGCUGUUCGAGUCCAUUGGAAAGUUGGGAUUGGCCUUGGCCAUCGGAGGAGGCGUGGUUAACUCUGCCCUAUACAAUGUCGAUGCUGGCCACCGGGCAGUCAUCUUCGACCGCUUUAGAGGAGUUCAGGAUGUCGUGGUUGGAGAGGGAACACACUUCCUGAUUCCUUGGGUACAGAAACCCAUCAUCUUUGACUGCAGGUCCCGACCCCGCAACGUUCCUGUCAUCACUGGUAGCAAAGAUCUGCAGAAUGUGAACAUCACUUUGAGAAUAUUGUUCAGGCCUGUAGCAGGUCAACUACCCAGGAUCUUCACCAGCAUCGGUGAAGACUAUGAUGAAAGAGUGCUUCCUUCCAUCACCACUGAAGUGCUAAAGGCUGUUGUGGCCAGGUUCGAUGCUGGAGAACUGAUCACUCAGAGAGAACUCGUGUCCAGGCAGGUCAGUGAAGAUCUGACCGAGAGAGCGUCCACCUUCGGGCUCAUCCUUGAUGACGUAUCGCUGACGCAUCUAACCUUCGGAAAAGAGUUCACAGAGGCUGUCGAGAUGAAGCAGGUGGCCCAACAGGAAGCCGAAAGAGCAAGGUUCAUUGUAGAGAAAGCAGAGCAGCAGAAGCAGGCAGCCAUUAUCUCUGCAGAAGGUGAUUCCCAGGCUGCGCUGCUUAUCGCCAACUCUCUGGCCGUGGCAGGAGACGGUCUGGUGGAGCUAAGAAAGCUGGAGGCAGCCGAGGACAUCGCCUUCCAACUCAGCCGCUCACGCAACGUCACCUACCUGCCCUCGGGUCAGGGCACACUGCUGCAACUGCCCCAGUGAGGAUCAUUCACGAAAACAAACACGAACCCACACACUUCAUUCAGUGCACUUCCCCUUCUAGGAUAACGUGAUGAAGUCAUGGAAGGGGGGAGGAGUGGCUGAAGAGCCUACCCGUGAUGUAUUUAAAGAUGGCCGGCUCUUCCCUCUGUGUUAUUGGUCCCUCUUUCUCUUUCUCUCACCCUCUCUCACUCUCUGUUGCUGAAGUUAUGGACUGGAGAUGUUCCACCAGUGAAAUGGAGUCAGAGAUUGGAUCGGGAACACCGCAUCUCUAUAGUGUGUGUGUUUGUGUUUAUGAAAUAUAACGUUAUGUUAAAUAUGUAUUAAUAGAUUAAAGAGUCUGAUUGAUUGAGACAAAAAAAAAAUCUCCCUAAAACAGCACUGGAGUGUUUAGACAAAAGUCAAAUGCAGUUAAUAGUGUGCGAAUUCUGUUCAUGUGUUAGUCUCACUCUCUGUUCCUGUUAGCCUUACUGUUUUUUUUUUUUUGUUUGUUUAGUUUUUUUUUGUUUUUUGGUGUUAUUUUCUAACUGUGUGGCAGAAAGCACAAGUGUGCAUUCCCAGAAGUCACAAAUCGGUAGAAUAAAGUCAUUUCUACUGAAAUGUAAUUAUGCUGUUUGAAUCUGAAUAAAUUACAAACAAACAUUGGUACCCUUAUAA